GAGCUCACCAACGUUUUAGAAGCUCGGAGCCGCCGCCGGCAGUGUAGAAUACGCUAGUGAUAGAAGCAGUGAUACGGGAGUGUGUUUGCGUUUGGCAGCUGACAGGAUGAGCAAUCGUAACAAUCGGAUCGUGUCCGGCACGGAGCAGAAUAAUGCACCGUUCAAGCUGUGGGGUGGCCGUUACUCCAAAGCCACCGACCACGUCCUGUCGAAGGUGAACAACUCACUCACGGUGGACAAGCGGCUGUACUCGGAGGACAUCGAUGGGAGUGUCGCGUACGCGAAGAGUCUGGCCGAUGCCGGACUGCUGACGCAGAGCGAGUUUAAGGUGAUCGUGUACGGGCUGGACGCGAUACGGGACGAGUGGAGCAAAGGGUCGAUCAAGCUGCUGCCCCGGGACGAAGACGUGCACACGGUGAACGAGCGGCGGCUGUUUGAAAUCAUUGGACCACAGAUCGCGGGCAAGCUGCACACGGGUCGCAGCCGUAACGAGCAGGUCGUGGUGGACAUGAAGCUUUGGAUGCGGAACGCCAUUGCGGAUGUGCAGCGACUCCUGCUGGAGCUGGUACGCUCGAUCAAUGAGGUGGCCGACCGGAACAUCGAUGUGCUGAUGCCGGGCUACACGCACAUGCAACGGGCGCAACCGGUCCGGUUUAGCCAUUGGUUGCUUAGCUACGCGUUCUACUUCAAGGAGGACUUCGACCGGUUCGACGAGUUUGGCCGACGGAUGAACGUGCUGCCGCUGGGCAGUGGCGCACUCGCCGGCAAUCCGUUCAACAUUAACCGGCACAAGCUGGCCGCGGACCUUGGCUUCGAUGGCGUGUCGCCGAACAGCAUGCACGUCGUGAGCGAUCGCGACUUUGUGGUGGAGUUCAACUUCCUCUGCACGCUGGUGGCGGUCCAUAUGAGCCGGCUGGCGGAAGAUUUGAUCCUCUACUCCACGAAGGAGUACAACUUUAUCGAACUGUCGGAGGAGUACACGACCGGCAGCAGCCUGAUGCCGCAGAAACGCAACCCGGACAGCCUGGAGCUGAUCCGGGGCAUUACGGGACCGGUGUUUGGGCAGCACUGUGCGAUACUGAUGACGCUGAAGGGUUUACCGUCGACCUACAACAAGGAUCUGCAGUGUGACAAGAGCGGCAUGUUCGGGGUGUACGAUCAGAUGCAGAUGUGUCUGGUGCUGAUCGGUGGCAUCAUCCAAACGAUGCGCGUCGACGAGGACCGGUGUUUGAGCGCGCUCGGGUACGAGAUGCUCGCCACGGAUAUGGCCUACUACCUCGUACGUCGUGGCAUCCCAUUCCGGGAGGCGCAUCACAUCUCGGGCGAAGUGGUCGCCCACUCGGAGAAGGUAAAGAUCCCGAUCAACAAGCUGACGCUGGAAGAUCUGCAGGAGAUUAGUCCACACUUUGACGAGACGAUCAGCCGCAUCUGGAACUACGAAAACAGUGUGGAGCAGUACACGGUGGUCGGCGGUACGUCACGCAUCUCGGUACAGGAACAGAUCCGUGUGCUGCGUGCAUUCGUCGAUGGACAUGUGCCGUAAACUGUGUGGGCGUGUGUGCCACGUGUAUGUGACAUAUGUGACAAGCGUCCUGCGAUUGUGCACAACAACAACAGAAAAAAACUGAGCAGAUGUGUGUGCUGUACCGUUUGUUACUGUGUGCGCCAUUUAUUCGUACACCACUGUAGAUCGCGCGCGGCUUAGUGAAGUGUUGGGGGGGCGAUGUUUGUAGUGAAAUGGUUCAACCAUACAUCCCUCUAUAUAUAUGCAUAUGUAUGUUUAUGUAGAUAGAUAUAUCUAUACGUUUACGUGUAUCGCAAGCUAGGCUAGGCUUUAGUACAUUUGUGAUCACAGGAUUGCCCUCCAAUGUUGUUUGGGCGAUCCUAGCAUGUGAUGAUUCGCCUAACUUUCUCUCUCUCUCGCUCUCUAUAUUUUCUCGUUUUUGUUCUUUAAAAUAAAAAGAAAGCAAUAGUGUAGGAAAACUCUCUGUAUGAUGUGUUAAUGUUAGUGGUUGCUCUCUCACAAAACAAGGAAAAAUAAAUCUUUCGUUGUAUGAUAAAAGGUAAA